AUGCCCGCUGAGCAACGCUCAAGCUUUCUCGACCGUAGUCCCACAUCCCCCGGAACCCGAUUCUUUCGAGACCUCCCGGCCAUUGCAGAGAAAGCCGGCCUCAAACCCGCCAUCGUAUCCUCUUCAUCCACCCAGAGAUCCACCACCUCCCGCCCGUCUCAGAAACACGCCAAGCCUCUUCGACGAUUCGUCACUGCCACUGCCCAAGGGGUCCCUUUCGUCGAUUUGACGUUAUCAGACGACGACGACGACACACCGGUAUUUACUAAACCCGCCGCGACUCAGUCAGGCGUCAUCGACUUCACCAAUACCUCGGACUCGGAAGACGACGAAGACAUAAAACCAAUACCCAUAAUGCCACCCAAAAGCGAGGCUCAGCGAAGACGGGAGAUGGAGGAAGACAAGCGCAAGGGCCUGAAUCAGUCGCGCCUCUCUUUUGGCGGGGGACCCGGGGCUGGCAGUCGGCCGCUGAGCUAUUCCUCCAGUCAGAGGUCUUCUGGCUCUCUGGCUCCCACACUGGGGAGCUCCCCCUCGCCUGCUACUCGCGAACCCCUCACCAACAAAACUUCUACCCCCAAAGUCACAGCGCCACCGGUCAUGACUAAGGGUAAGGCCAAGGAGCGCGCGGAACCGCCCGCUCUGUCGUCUCAGACUGCCCCUCCAGGUUCGACUAGUCAGUUGAAAAAGUAUCCUGCGCCUUCCCGAGAAUCGAAACCACAGCCGACCGUCAGGUCCUCCGCAUCGAGGUCUAUCCAGAGCCUUCCGCGCUCCCAGUCGUCUUUCUCUCUUCCCGCCAACGAUGCCACCCCGUCUCCCGAGCAUACCCCUGCUGAGCUCCAUGGCGGGGAACCCAAGUCAUUCGAGCCUGCUUUCGCGGCGGCUGCAAAGAAAAGUUCCGGUAUAUUCAAAACUGCCAACGACACGAAGGCCUAUGCCAAGUCUUCGCGCGCGGUCAGCAGAGCUGACUUGCCUACCUCAACUGCCCCAGAAUCCCGCAAUGCCCUGCCCACUCCUGCGACCCCGCAUGUGUCAAGACAGAAUGCGAGCCCCGAAGCUUCGUCAGCCUCCCGCCGCCGUGCGUCUGAAGCCCUCGAUGAAGUAGAGAGUGUGCGUCACACUCGUGCCUCCAGCAGACAGAAAAGCACAGAACCUACCCAAGUGGCCUCCAGGCCUACCCGAGCGAGGCCAGUGCCGGGUGCGUAUGAGAUACCCUCACUCGACGCCGCCAUAUGGCCUACGGUGCCCCGAUCAACUCAUGUCACGACGCGGAGAAAGAGAAAGGUCGAGGGCGUAAAGAGGGAAGUCGACGUGGUAGCGGAAGCGGUGGAUGAGAAGAGGGCCGAAGAAUCUCGCGAUCGUGAUCGCGGUAUAUCUUGUGUCCACAGUCUUGGUGAAGAGCUCUCGUCAUCUCCAGAGCCUGAGAAGCAAUCGCCCGCUCCACUUUCGGCUGUACCUGGGCCACGCACCCCCACCAAGCGUGAUGCCAGAAAGACGACUUCUCGGUCCACCACUCCGCAAAGUUCCAGGGCAGCUGUACUCUUUUCUAGCCGAUCCUCUCAAUCUGCACCUACCAAGCAGCGUUCACCUCUCAAGUCACCUUCGAAACUGUCAAACAGUAUCACUCUGGGUGGAAGCAGCUCUAAAGAGGUCGAGCAGAUGAUACCGCCAUCCAGCCCUCUGACUGAGCUGACUGAGCUGUCUGACGAGGAGGAGGAGGAGGAGACAAAGACCCCUACCAAGUCUUCGGCCUUGAGUGUGCAAUCCGCAACACCUAGGGCGUCUAUCCCCAAGGCUGAAUCGGUGAAGGAGGUCGAGGUGGAGCAGGAGCCAAUUGAGGUCGAGGUCGAUUUAGAUGAUAUCGAUCUCACCGAGUGGGACAAUUUUGCCUGGUCGGCCAAGCCCGAGGCGCCUACUACUCCAGUCAAAUCUGAUCCGGGAUUCUCUACCCCGUUGAAGCGGGCAUCCUCAGUGGCCCAAGUCACACCAAGACGAUCCUCAAGCAAGCGCGCGAGCGCUGGGCUGGUGGUUCCCGACUCUGUGAAAAAGAGAAAGGUGGAGCAGGAAAAGUGGGACAGGAUAGUCGAGGAGACCAGAGUCGCGAAAGAGGCAGAGGAAAUGGAGCAGCGCAAGAAGGAAGAGGAAAGUGCAAGGAAAAUUGAAGAGAUUGUUGCCGAGCAACCUGAUCAAGACGAAGAAGAAGAAGACAUGGGUGCUCUCCUAGCCAGUGGUCUGGAACAAUCGCCUCAAAAGGCAUCCUCUUCCAAUCUUCCCGAUGCUGUUCAGUCUCGUCAAGAAGCCGCCAAUGCUCGGAAAGAAGAGCAGCGCCUAAAGAAAGAAGUCAGGGAUGCCGAGAAGAAGGCAGCGGCCAAGCGCAAGCAGGAAGCAAAAGAGCGUGAUCAGCAGCAGCGACGGUUUGACAGGACCUUGCAGGGUAUCAAAACCGGCCGAGAAGAGGAGGCUGUUUGGGAUGAGAUUGACAACAGUGAUGAUUCCGAGGACGACCUGUCUGAUGUGGGAACCGACGAGGAGCUUGAUCUGUCUGAUGCGGAUGAUCCCAUGGAGGAUGACGAGCGGGAAUUUGACCUGGACAAUGUGGCCGCCCAAUUGAAAAGCAAGGGCUUAGCGGUGGAUGAUAAUCUGCUGAGAGAUGCGAAGAAGGGCGCCUUCCAAGCGGAAGCGCCUUUGAAUUGGGAUGGGUUCUGGGAAACAUCUUUCAAGACAACAAGCGGCGGUAUUGAGAUUCCUGAAAUGGACAUUGCAAGCUCGGACGAGUUCAUUCGCGAAAUCAAAGAGUGUUGUAGUCAGCGCGAUAUAUCCGCUUUGGCCACUAUCGUCUCGUCCGGAGGACUCAACCUCAUCAACAAGGAACACGAUUUGAGUGUUUGCAAGUGGUUGUUUAUGUGCGCCCUCAGUGCUGUUGAUGCCCGAUGGGCUUCGACCGCUGCUACUACCCUUAUACAGUGGAUCAGCACUCGCUCCCCUUCACUUGCAGACUCACUUGUACCUUGGACUUCCCUCAUACUAUCUCAGCUUGGCGCCAGAAAGUCGAUUCUUGCUUGUCAAGGUUUACACGACCUGUCUUCGCCCAUGGUCAUUUCCAAGGAAAGAGAUCAGGUCUGCAUUCAACUCCUGAGAUUUCUCACUUGCGUCUUGACCAAACAACUCGGAAAGACGACUUUCUCCCGUCUCCUCCUUCCUUCGCUUCUUCUACUGGGUAUCGAUACCAGCUCAUCAGAUGCUCUCAAAAGCCAUGUUGUCGACGCCGUCCGAACUUUACUUCUGAUACACACCAUUGCACAGAGACUUGAUGAUGAGCCUAGAAUGAUCGCCGCGCAAAUUGUCAAGAGUACAGAGUCGUAUGGACCUGAUGUGCGAUGCGCUGUCCUCCAAUUUCUUGGCGAAACCACAGCCGAGAGCAGGGAUGUGUACACGUGGCUGGGUGCGGAGUAUCUCUUUGAGAGUCUCGGAGCCGGGAGACACCAGACCAACAAGCCCUCUGUUCCUCCUAUCACGAAAGUAAUCCCGGUGGUCGACCAGUACUCAGACUCUCUGCGCCCUGCUCCAACCGUCGAGAUUGACUGGGUCGUCAAGAACUUUGAGAUGACCUUUAUGUUUGCGACGAUCAACAAUCCGGCCAAGAUCCUUGACGCUGUACCUCCAAAGCUCACCUCGGACGAAUCGGGUCGGGAUUUGAUGCAGAAGCAUAUCAUGGCCGACUUUCGGCAUUCGCUCAAGGCCAGCAUGAACUCCAUUCCUGAUCAAAGUGACGGGUCUAAACGACCUACGGUGAAAGCUAGGCUUCACGAGCUUGUCGAGACGAUUGAUCUGCUGUUUGAAGAGGAGACGUCAAGGCGCAUUCGAGCACGUAAAUUGGGGCCGGGACUCAAAUUCGGCAAGAAUGGCCAAUCACGGCUGAACAUGUCAAAAGGCAAGGGAAAAGCAGAGGUGUGA